AACAGUGGUGCAGUCGGGUGUGUUGAGACUGUAGUGCACGAGGGGUUUGGCUCACCUUUGUCUACCAGUCAGUCGCUCAGCUGUAAAGCUGAACUUCGAGGCCCAGUCGGACUGCCUCUCUUUAGAGGUUCACACCACCACAUCCUAACACAGGAAUCAUGGCUCAUUUGAGAGGAUCUUCCAUCUUCCAUGUGUUACUGCUUGCAACAUUAAUAUUACCAGCAUUUCUGCUGGCUGGCCCCGUGACCCAGCGUUUAAAAGGAGACGAUGGAAGUGAUGACAAGACAGGCCUUGAGGAAGCCCCAAAGAAACUGAUCCGCAACAGGAGAAACAUCAGUUGGUACAAGCAGCACUCUGACUUCUGGAAUUGGUACAAAUACUUCACUGAUAAUGAGAACAAAGACGGAGUUGCAGAGCUGGAUCGUGUCUAUCUGUCAUACCUGCAGAACAAGAAUCGGGCCGAGUCACGUCGCUCCUACAAGAUGUACCUGCAGCACCUUGGUGACAUCUACAAGUCCUGUGCUGAGUCUGAUGACCCAAACUGUGUGUCCUCAUACACCAACAGACCCAAGCCCAAAGCUGAGGCGCCAGUGCCUGCCCCAGUCAAGUCUUGUGACCCUUACAGAGACCCAUACUGCUUGUAUUCAAAGGGAUACUCAUAUUACCCAUACUUGGCUCCAGCUCCUGUCAAAUCUCCUGCACCUGCUCCUGCUCCAGUUAAAGCCCCGGCCUACCUUCACACGCCAGUGGUCAAGGACCCACGUUCUGGUCAAUACUACUACUCUCCAUUGGUGCAACCGUUCCUGUCCGCUGAACAGCGGGCUGAGCUGCUGCGCAUCUGUGAUGCAGAGGAUGUAGAGUGUCUCCAGUACCACCUCCGUGCUGCUUACGGAUACAGAUCCGCUGCUGCUCUUGCCCCAUCCUAUGCCCAUCUCGGCUGUGACCCUAAGACCGAUCCUCAAUGUGUCCCACAUUUGGUCCAGAAAGCCCCCUCUGGUCUUUAUCUGCGUUAUCCCAACUGUGACCCCCGAGUUGACCCAUACUGUGCUUAUGCAGCUGCUCUGGCAUCCUCGCAGAACCCUGAAUCUCCACCCUGCAACCCUCUCUACGAAGAUAACUGCAACCCUCUGACCGCCACAAGAAUUGGCAGUUUGGCCCAUGAAAAUCUGAAGGAUAAGCUCAACUCUGAAGCUGGCGCCAUGCGGGCACCUCAGAUCCCUCAACAUGAUCCUUAUGCCAUGUUCAGGGAUGCAUCUGCUGGGGCUGACCUGCGGAGACACAUGCCUGCACAACUGCAACCUCCAAGGUACCACCAGCCAGAGGAGCCAGAGCACCCUUUGGGACCACGUGGGAAAACCAAAGAAGGCUAUGAAUGUUUCGUCGGGUAUGAUAAAGAGUGCAUCCCACUAAGUUCCCAAAAUGAGCGCCGCCCUGCUGUGCACAGACAGCCAUCCUACCCAGCCGAAGCUUAUGAGCCACAUCUGAACGCAGAUGGAUCCAGAACUGGGGUGAUCGAGCCUGAUCCCGACUGUGACCCAGAGUACGACAGAAACUGCCGCCUGCGCCGCUAUGAACCUGAGCCCGCCGAACCCGUCAGUAUUUCCCCUCAAGAGGAUGUGGCCCAUCCAGCUCAGGAGCCAUCCCACCAUGAGGAGAUCCCUCAGCAUCGCGAGGAGUCCUACCCUGAAACCCCUGGCUAUGACCAGCAGCAAUAUGACGCUUACAUGAGUGGACAAGAGGAUCCCUAUGCCGGCUACGGCCCCCAAGAACCAGGAGCAGCCAGUUUUCAGGAUGUCCUGAGAGGAUAUGGUGGUCGGUAUCCUGGCCAGGAUGACCACCUUGCCUACAAUGGAGACUACAGAAAGAAAUAAACAGCAGAAAUACUAAACUAGGACAGAACAUUUUAAAUAUUGAAACACACUUUCACGUAAAAAAGCCCACAUCAUUUAACUGGAUUUCACUUGGUUCACUCACAAUAUUUUCGAGAGCUGCUGAAAUUUCACAGUCUGACAGCACUUGUAUAGAUUUAUACUUUUUUUUUGGAUCUUAUAUCUUCUUGCUGAUUUGUUUAGCCCAUGUAACCUGAUUGUGUGUUCCAGCUUCUCUAAGAGAUUGACUUGGAGAUUUUUUGCUCCAUAUUCAACCAUAGAAGCAGUCUUUUGAGCUCAUUUUGGGGGAUAAAUAAACCAAACAAAUGAUGUGCAAAAAACUAAUGUACUCUAAUCACGAUCCCCUGCUCCUUUUAGGCAAGAUUCACCCUACAAAUGAAUAUUUAAUGAUCUUCUGGUCUUGCAACAAUGCUUUUUAAUGCUUUGUGAUUUGUUUGCAUAUUUGUAAGAUGUUUUUCUUUGAAUGUUUCAAAUAAAAGCUUUAAAGAUCUC